ACACUCAAACGCAACAGCUAACCAGCCAGCCAGCUACUAGCCAACCGCUUUCCAAAACACCCAAGCGAGCUGUGUUGUCUUUAUGACAGCUGUCAUGGACUUAAAUAAUGUUUUGUCGCAGCUCGAGAGUGCUAACGAGGUGGACAUUGAGGAGCUUCUCCGGGAGUUUAAUCGGGAGAACAGCCACACCUUCACAUUUGACCAGAAAGAGGAAACGCUGCGCAGUAAGCUGUGCCAAAGUGUCCUAAUAGUGCUCGGGAUGCAAGUGCAGCACAGCUGCCAGAAGACUUGUUUAGAGACCCUUCGCAUCCUUUCCCGAGACAAGUCAGUCCUGGCACCGGUCGCCACCCGGGACGGCAUACUGACUCUAGCCAGGAUGGCCCGCUUGAGCGGCUGGGAGAUAGGGGGCGACGACCGUGAACCUCCGCAGCCGAGCGCGCCGGCGACCGAGGAGGAGAGAGUGGUGGUUGUGGAGGCCCUGAAGUGCCUGUGCAACGUGGUGUACAACAGCGCGGCGGCUCAGCAGGUGAGCGUGGACGUGAAGCUGGCCCACGGGCUGUGCGCCAGCCUGCGUGCGGCCGCCGCGUGGCACCACGAGGUGGGCCUGUUCACGCUGCGCCUCCUCUUCCUGCUGUCGGCGCUGCGCUCGGAUCUGCGGGGGGAGCUGAGGAGGGAGAAGCAGGUGGUCAAACUCUUGGCUGAGGUGCUGGAGCAUACCCUGGACGUAAGAUGGGACGGCACCUAUGAGGUUGCCCGGCCCGACCCGCAGGCCCUGCCUCUGCCUGCCGAGGAAAAUGAAAGAGCCAUGGAGGCUCUAAAAGCCCUGUUCAACCUCACUGUGAGCAAUGUCGGUGGCGUGGAGGAUGACCACCAGUACAGAGUCAUUGCUGCCAUUCUGCGCCACGUGCUGAUGUUAAGGACGGAGACAGAGGAGAAAACGGAGGAAGCGCACAGCCAUGCAGUCAACCUGCUGAACAACCUUCCCGUGUCCUGCCUCGACGUGUUGAUCGACAUGCCUGUGAGAGGAGGCCUUGAGGAAUAUGGUGGCAAAAACAUGGAGGCCAUACAGGUGUUACUGGAGUUCAUGGAGAAACGGAUAGACAAGGGUUCCAACUACAAAGAGGGUCUCACUCCUAUACUCAGCCUGCUGACUGAAGGGUCCAGACAACACAGAGAAAUCCGUAGAUAUAUCAAAGCUCAGGUGCUCCCUCCACUCACAGAUGUAAAGAUCAGACCAGAGGUGGGAACCACCACCAGGAACAAACUGGUGCGUCUGAUGACGCACGUGGAGAUGGCCGUCAAGCAAGCGGCUGCAGAAUUUUUGUUUGUCUUGUGUAAAGAGAGUGUGGACAACUUGUUGAAGUACACUGGCUACGGCAAUGCAGCAGGACUCCUGAUGGCACGAGGGCUUUUAGGAGGAGGGAGAGGAGAGACUGAGUACUCACCAGAUGAAGACUCUGACACAGAAGAGUACAAAACUGCCAAACCCUUCAUUAAUCCCAUCACUGGUCACGUAGAGGAGCCAAUGCCGAACCCCAUGGAGGAGAUGACCGAGGAGCAGAAGGAAUACGAGGCCCAGAAGCUUGUAAACAUGCUGGACAAGUUGUCAAGGCAGAACUUCAUCCGGCCCAUUGGAGUCAAGCCAGAUGGGACGUUCGCACCCCUGGAAGAAACACUCUGCGCGCCGCCUGGCGAUGAUGUUGCAUCGGACUCUGAUUAGUGCAUCACUGUUGUCCUGUAUGUCAGGAUGGGAGCGGGUGGGGGCUGAGCCCAGACAGAGACAAAACUAAUGCUAAGAUGUGUCACAUUUGAACGGUUGGAUUUUUGGAUUAACUUAAAUUUUUCCUGAUUGUUGGUAUGCAUGUACCUAGCUUUGCAAGGCAGCCAAUCAGAUCAUGCUAGUGCUACGUACACUUUUAGGUGACAUUUCACAAUACUUUCAAAGUUUGGAAUGCUUCCAAGUCCAACUCUUAACUCAUUUUACUGCCAUUGAUAGUGAUAGACGUGCAAUCCAUUUGAAAUGGGAGGAGCCCGAUGGGAGCGAAAUGGGUUGCAAGUCUUAUCACAGUCAAUAGCAGCCAUGGAGUUAAAGUUUCAAUACUUUUUUCACCUCUUAUAGCUAUCUUUUUUAGACUCUUCCAGUCUCUACCUCUGUUGAAACCUGCUUAAGACAGUAAGCUUAGCAAGGCAAGGCACUGUUAAUCGAUUGUUGAAUGUCACCUUGAUAUCAUAAUGUCAAAACUUAUUUAUAUACAGAACUGUGAACUUUCACAUAUAAUGGGCUUGACCUCCAAUAAAUCAACCCAUGUUUUUUUUUUUUUUUUACAGGAAAAGUACACAAUAGUAAGCAAAAUGGUCACAUAUUCAAAAGGCCCAAAGGAUCCAACCCUUUCAAUGUGUAACACAGCUAAAAUGGCAUAGGUCUCCGUUCAGGUGGACAGUGUAGUUCUCCAGUGAGGGUGAAGAGACCUCACUGUUGCACUUUUCUUUUGUUUUGGGGGGGGGGGGGGGUUUAUUCGUUCCUAAGUUGAGUUGUUUAAAACAUAGUUGAUCGAAUGGCAAUGCACGCAUCAAUCAUUCCUUGAACAGUACUAUUUAUUUUUAGUACUUUGUCCUGAUUUGUUGCAAUUUGUUCACACAUAUACAGUUAAACAUGAAGUCUACUUGAGGGAGCUGGAAAGAUCUACGCCUUAUGAUUUUGGAAGUGGCACCAUGACGUUUUUUUGGAGAGAGGCCAUUGAGUUACGAAGAACUAAACUCACAGGUUACGGUUUCAUUGUUUAAAAAAAAAAAAAAACUUCUUGACAUUCUUUUCAUUUAGUGGACUUUGAUGGUAAUGUCUAACCUGCUUACUGCUGCCAUCAGGCUAAAAUAGCCUUUAUCUUGAUUUAGUCAGUUUUGUAUUUUUUCAGGGUGGGAUUUUAAUGUGUUGUUUAUGAUUGAUUACAAACGAUUUAAUUCACAGGUUGCAUUCCAAUCACGGAAGCUUUAAACAACACAGGACUUUAGUGAGAGCACAAUUUUGCGAUACACCAUUUAAUACAUAUAAUAUGCUAGUUCUUAGACAAUUAAUCCACAAAACCUUUGACAAGGUCUGUAAAAUAUGUCCAGAUAAAAAUAGUCCGUGGUGAAAAGAAGGUAGGUGACCAACUAAAGAACAAAAUAAUUCUUGCUAAGAUUUUUUGGGGUUUUUUGGCCUCAAAUGACCAUUUAUAAAAGAAUGACGGUAAGCCAUUUUUCAAAUAUCUUAAAAUGGCACAUCAACUUACUAUAUUUUAGGUCUUUGAUGAUAUUUUCCAUUGAAAUGCAAUUAAUCGCCACACUAAAAUCAUUUUAGAUAAAAUAAUUGCUAUUUAGUUAAUUACAAAGACAAUCCCACCCCUAAUUUUUUUUUAUUUUUUUUUACACAAA